UACCCAACUCUUCUCCAGUGUUGUUUCUGCUGCUGUAAUUUAAUCGGAGAGCAUUUAUUCAGCCUAAAAUACUGAUUAAAGGCAUCGAAAUGAACAGAAACGGCGCGUACAGGUUUCUCUCAGUGUUCUCCUGUCUCAUCGUGUGCGCGUUCUUGUUUUGGUUUGUCGUCUUUUACUCCAUCGUGAACGCGCCGUGAAGAAUGUAUUUAGCAUAGGCUUUAAACGUCUUGAGUGCUAACUUAGGGAGCUAACCGGUUUUCUUGAAGUCAUUUUGAAAGGUUGGGCUAAAUUUAGUGGUGUUUAAGCGGAUUUUUUUUUAUUAUUUAUUAUUAUCAUUGUAAAAUUUGUGCUAAACAUACUUUAAAAACCAUAACACUAGCUGCUUCGGCACUGUGGUAAUUUUAAGUCAUUAUUCAGUAGCUAGCUAACAACCAAGCUCGAUAAAUUGCACCAUCUUGUCUGUAUGUUUGUGUAAAUUAAACAAGCGACUAGACUCGCAUGUUAUUACAUACUGACUGUUAAAAACUAGUUCUAACAGUCAAUAAACAUCUCCGGCAUAAUGUAUGUAGCCACUGUGAGCUAAUCCUCCUUCCCCACCACCAUACUGAGGCUGCGCGAGUGCACGUGACGUGUCAUGUGAUUAAAACAAGGAAGUCCAUUUCUGUGUUUUUACCAAACAGAGCUCUGCUUAAUGCUCAAAUGGCAGCUGAAUCUGUGGAAAAGGGCGCAGCUCCUCCCAAGUUGCAGUUUGCCCCUUUCUCUAGUGCCCUAGAGGCAGGAUUCUGGCAUCAGCUCACCCAGAAGAAACUCAAUGACUACCGGCUGGAUGAAAGUCCAAGAAGCAUCAAGGGUUAUUAUUAUAAUGGUGACCCAUCUGGCCUGCCGACUCGUCUGACCUUGGAGUUCAGUGCGUUUGAUGUUGAUGGACCCACUCCAGCUUACUGCUGUACUGCUAAGGGAACGCUCUACAACACCAACACGCUGGAAGCUUUUAAAUCCACUGACAAGAAGGCACUUCUCGAGCAAGCAGCUAAUGAGAUUUGGACAGCCAUACAGUCAGGUGCUGCAGUGGAAGACCCUUCAGUCCUGUGCAAAUUCAUCAUCUUGACAUUUGCGGAUCUGAAGAAAUACCAGUUUUACUACUGGUUUUGCUUCCCUGCUCUCUGCUUCGUGGAAGGAAUUCAGCUUGUGAAGGAUCCGGUGGUGCUGGAGCAGAAAUUUUCCCCUCGGCAGGUGUCUGCUUUUCAAGCAGCCUAUGAUGGGUUAUGUUCCUUGAAUGGAACUACAGCUGUGCCGUAUUUCCUCGUGAAGUACUCCGAGGAGACCGUUGAAGUGGCUCUGCUGAAAGACUGGGGCUCCUUCUUCACAGAUCUAAAGAAGGUUACCGUCGCUGUUUAUGACCCAUGCACGCUUCUGCAACAUCCUGGCUGGCCUCUUCGUAAUUUUCUGAUCCUCCUCGCCAGUAAAUGGGGUUCACAGCUGGACGUACUUGAAAUCGUGUGCUUCAGAGACCGGACACUUCAGGGCUGUCGCUCAGUGCAGCACAGCCUUUUUCUUGAGGUCAAACUUCCCAGUCUGUCGCUGUCUGCAGCUUGUCCAAAGAGUGUGGGCUGGGAGAAGAACCCCAAAGGAGCAAUGGGACCUCGAAGUGUCAAUCUCAGUGAAUGCAUGGACCCAAAAAGACUUGCAGAAUCAUCAGUUGAUCUUAAUCUGAAGUUGAUGCGCUGGCGGCUUGUUCCUUCUCUGGACUUGGAUAAAGUUGUGUCCACCAAAUGUCUCCUGCUUGGAGCUGGGACACUGGGCUGCAAUGUGGCAAGGACACUCAUGGGCUGGGGAGUGAGACACAUCACAUUUGUGGACAAUGCAAGGAUCUCCUACUCGAACCCAGUGCGUCAGGCUCUUUAUGAGUUUGAGGACUGCCUAAGUGGAGGGAAAACUAAAGCCUUAGCUGCAGUGGACAGAUUAAGGAAGAUCUUCCCGGGUGUGAAUGCUGAGGGAUUCAACAUGAGCAUCCCCAUGCCUGGUCACCCUGUGAAUUUUUCCGAAGUGAUGAUUGCUCAGGCGCAGAAAGAUGUGGAAAAGUUGGAGGCCCUGAUCUCAGCACAUGACGUCGUCUUCCUGCUUAUGGACACGCGGGAGAGUCGAUGGCUCCCCACAGUCAUUGCAGCUAGCCAGAGAAAGCUUGUAGUUAAUGCAGCUCUUGGGUUUGACACCUUUGUCGUAAUGAGGCAUGGCCUUAAGAAACCCAAAGACUCAGGCACUGGAGACACCAGUCCUUCAUCAUCCUUGUCUACAUCAGACUCCUCCUCAGCCUCGACUCCAGCGGCACCAGGAGCAUCUCUGUUCUCUAACAUACCUGGCCAUCGACUAGGCUGUUACUUCUGCAAUGAUGUUGUUGCUCCUGGAGAUUCAACCAGGGACAGGACUUUGGAUCAGCAGUGCACAGUGAGCCGGCCUGGUUUGGCCAUGAUUGCUGGAGCACUGGCUGUCGAGCUGAUGGUCUCCAUCCUGCAGCACCCAGAAGGAGGCUAUGCGGUGGCGAGUAGCAGUGAUGAUCGCAUGAAUGAACCGCCGACCUCACUCGGCCUCGUCCCACAUCAGAUUCGAGGCUUCCUCUCCAGAUUUGACAAUGUUCUUCCUGCCAGCUUGGCUUUUGAUAAAUGCACUGCUUGCUCACCAGUGGUCCUGGACCAUUAUGAGCAGGAAGGUUUCCAAUUUUUGUCCAAGGUGUUUAACUCGUCUCAUUCCUUCCUGGAAGAUUUGACAGGUCUGACCCUGCUGCAUCAGGAGACACAGGCUGCUGAAAUCUGGGACAUGAGUGAUGAUGAAAGUAUUUGAAGAUGGAUCCACAGACCUGAACCUGACGCAGCUCAGCACUCGACUCCUCAGCCAGCCUGCAUGAUUUACCAAAAGUUUGGGAACACUCGGAUGGAGCUUAACAGACAUUCUGUUCAGCAUAACGAGCUGAUAUGGAUCCAACACUCACACAUUAAAGAAGAAAAACAACAGUUCUGUUUAUGUGAGAGAUUCCGAUACAGUCCUGUUGUCCACAACCAAAAUAAGGUGUUUACUGUUUGUUUACUCAAGUGUUAAAAUCCUUAGCGUCUGUCAUGAGCAGUUAAUAAAUAUAAUCUCUCUCGUGUCUCUCCAAAUAAACUCCUUUUAACGUG